AUAUGUUAGGUCAAGAACGAAGCAUGACAUUGACAUGAGAAUAGGGAUACAUUCGGGAUCAGUUCUGUGUGGAGUGCUGGGCCUGCGAAAGUGGCAGUUUGAUGUCUGGUCAUGGGACGUGGAUAUUGCAAACAAACUCGAGUCAGGUGGAAUUCCUGGGAGAAUUCACAUCUCCAAAGCUACUCUGGACUGCCUGAACGGGGAUUAUAAAGUUGAAGAAGGGCAUGGCAAAGAGCGUAAUGAAUUCUUGAGGAAACAUAACAUUGAGACUUAUUUAAUCAAACAACCUGAGGAGAGUCUGUUGACUUUGCCUGAAGAUAUUGUGAAAGAGGCUGUCAGCUCCUCCGACAGGAGAAACAGUGGAGCAACAUUUACCGAAGGAUCCUGGAGCCCUGAACUUCCUUUUGAUAACAUAGUGGGAAAACAGAAUACUCUGGCUGCCCUAACAAGAAAUUCAAUAAAUCUGCUUCCAAACCAUCUUGCACAAGCUUUGCAUGUCCAGUCUGGGCCUGAGGAAAUUAACAAGCGAAUAGAGCACACCAUCGACUUACGGAGUGGCGAUAAAUUGAGAAGAGAGCAUAUCAAGCCUUUUUCACUGAUGUUUAAAGACUCCAGCCUGGAGCAUAAGUAUUCUCAAAUGCGGGAUGAAGUGUUCAAAUCAAACUUGGUGUGCGCAUUUAUUGUUCUUGUGUUUAUCACCGCUAUCCAAAGCUUACUUCCUUCUUCGAGGGUGAUACCAAUGGUCAUUCAGUUUUCUAUUCUGAUUAUGCUGCACUCUGCUCUUGUGCUAAUCACUACGGCAGAGGAUUACAAAUGUUUACCCUUAAUGCUCCGGAAAACUUGCUGCUGGAUUAAUGAGACCUACCUGGCCAGGAAUGUCAUUAUAUUUGCAUCCAUUCUGAUUAAUUUUCUUGGAGCCAUCAUCAAUAUUCUAUGGUGUGAUUUUGACAAACCAGUCACCCUGAAGAACCAGACGUUCAAUUCAUCUGCAUCUUUUACGGACAUCUGUUCCUAUCCUGAGUAUUUUGUCUUCACUGGUGUGCUGGCAAUGGUGACUUGUGCAGUCUUUCUUCGUCUCAACUCUGUCCUGAAGCUGGCAGUACUUCUCAUCAUGAUUGCGAUCUAUUCUCUGCUGACUGAGACCAUUUAUGCUUCCCUUUUCCUGCAAUAUGACAACUUUAACCACAAUGGAGACACAGACUUCCUGGGUACAAAAGAGGCAUCUUUACUACUGAUGGCAAUGUUCCUUUUAGCCGUAUUUUAUCAUGGUCAACAGCUUGAGUACACAGCAAGGCUGGAUUUUCUGUGGCGUGUUCAAGCAAAAGAAGAAAUCAAUGAAAUGAAGGAGUUAAGGGAGCACAAUGAAAAUAUGCUACGGAAUAUUUUACCCAGUCAUGUUGCCCGUCACUUCCUGGAGAAGGAUCGGGAUAAUGAAGAAUUAUACUCUCAGUCUUAUGAUGCUGUUGGUGUGAUGUUUGCUUCUAUUCCUGGAUUUGCUGACUUCUAUUCCCAGACUGAGAUGAAUAACCAAGGAGUAGAAUGCCUGCGCUUGCUGAAUGAAAUCAUUGCAGACUUUGAUGAGUUACUAGGUGAAGAGAGAUUUCAAGAUAUUGAAAAAAUUAAAACGAUUGGCAGCACAUACAUGGCCGUGUCAGGAUUAUCACCUGAAAAACAGCAAUGUGAAGACAAAUGGGGGCAUUUGUGUGCUCUGGCCGACUUCUCCAUAGCUCUGAAUGAAAGCAUACAGGAGAUCAACAAGCAUUCAUUUAACAACUUUGAACUCCGUAUUGGGAUUAGCCAUGGCUCUGUCGUAGCGGGAGUUAUCGGUGCUAAGAAACCCCAAUAUGAUAUCUGGGGCAAAACAGUUAAUUUAGCAAGUCGAAUGGACAGCACAGGUGUUAGUGACAGAAUACAAGUGCCUGAAGAAACGUAUCUGAUCCUGAAGGACCGGGGAUUUGCCUUUGACUACCGAGGAGAGAUUUAUGUCAAAGGUAUCAGUGAACAGGAAGGAAAAAUCAAAACAUAUUUUCUUCUAGGAAGAGUUCAACCAAAUCCUUUAAUCUUACAACCAAGAAAACUGACUGGACAGUAUUCAUUAGCAGCUGUUGUGUUAGGACUUGUACAGUCUCUUAACAGGCAAAAACAGAAGCAAAUCCUUAAUGAGAACAAUAACUCUGGAAUCAUAAAAGGACAUUACAACCGGAGGACUUUGCUCACUCCUGGUGGAUCUGAGGCAGCAGCCCAGGCAGAGGGGGCUGACAAAACUGAAUUGCCAUAAUCAGCAUUUUGUUUGUGUUCUUUUUUUUGUAUUUCUUUUAUAUAUAAAAAUAAAUAUACAA